AGAAUCAAAUUUAGGCGACAGAUUGUUUUUUGCAGAUCGGUGGCGCCCGGCCGGGAGGGAGAGCUUUUUGUGAAUCCGAUAAUAUUUGUAUAUAGAAACCGCGGCAGAUGGCACGCGGACACAAUCACCAACAAAUUGUUGUCAUUUCUGCUCUGCAAACAUCUCAAAAAGGGGCAGGUGUUCCCAGGCCGCUUAUGUCAAAAUCUGUAGGUACCGUUACCUGGUUUUUAAGAUAUAAACACUUAUAUGCUAAUAUUUCAAGGUGUCGCGUGCCUUUUAGAGUACAUCAAAGGAAAAUUUAAUAAUCUGAAGUUGAUGUAAGCGUACGCACGUCUCACCUGCCAUCAGCGCUAAUUGCCUGAUCUCAGGAAUGUUUUCCUUUGAAUUUAUUUUGAAAUUUUCAUCUCAGCAUUUUUAAAACGAUCUAGACCACUUUUGAUUUGUUUUAGUCGUAAGAUGCUGUAUUUGAUAAAUGCAUCUUUUAACUUUUUCGUUAAGUAUACCAAUUGCAUGUAGUCUUUUUCAUGCAUUUCCGUGGAUGGUAUUGAUAAACCAAUUAGAAGUAUGACUGAGAAAUUGAUCAUUAAGGCAGAUUUAUAAUUUUAGAAAGACUUAUCGAUGCAAAAUAUGGCGGACCGAUUCGGCACAUUGUCCUUGUAUCACUCCAUCAACAUGUAUCAGACAUUCGCUGUCAUUAAUAAUUGAUCAAGUACUUCCAUUUACCAUUUUAAAUUUUAUACGGGUUCCCGAAUUUGUCGCUUAAAAGUCAUUGAAAUAAUGUGUAUUUUCAUUGGCUCCUUCGGUUGCCAGCUGCCACCGUCGCGUGCCCAACACAGAUCAGUUUUGAUUGACACAAUACACCUUUUGCCUAGAUAGCACCUGCCUGUGACGUCACUCUCACCCAAGUUCAAAGACUUUUUAGGCAAAAUUGUUUCUUUUCAAAAGAAAAUGUGAGAAUUUUAAUUCAAUGCUAUUCUUUCUUUUUUUUUUAUGGAAAAAUGUUCCAGAAUCGGCUCUUAAAUUUUGUAAUGCUGUAGAGAUUUGGGGUAGAUGUGAUUUUUAAUCAAGAGAUAAUGAAAAUUGGGAACAUGGGUCGAUAUUUCUAUUUGAAAGGAAAUCCCCCCAUUGGCUAUAAACUUUGGUACAGAUCUAUCAAAUUCGAAGACUGCGCGUGUAUUAGACUUUGUCGCGUGCUCCGUCAGCGACGCGAAUGAGGACGCUGCACGUGUCGAAUCGAUCUUUCGGUAUCUGAUAAUUAAAUCUGUUCAUGCUCAAAAGUAAAUUGCAAAUUUUGGGAAAGAAUAGCCACCAGUUUAAUUCCCACGAUGAGAGAGAGAGAGAGGGAGAGAUCUAAUAUUUUACAAAUAUAGUAUUUACUUUGGUUUUAAUUUUAAUUUGCAUUUUCUUAGAACAUUUUAAUAGUUAUUUGAAAGCAGUUUGUAAUUCAACAAAUUCUAAAAACGUUUUAUUGAAAAUCAAGUGAAAGAUACCUUUAAUUAUGAAAUUAAAAAAAAUUAAAUUCUUUUGUUUUGGGAAUAGGAUUAAACGAUUAGAAAUUCAUGACUUAUAACUUGACUUAAAAUCACCACUUCCUUCUUACAGAAUAAAACGGAAACAUUUCGUUUUUUAUUCGUGAAAUCCUUAGCCUCAAUAUGUAGUUUAAAAUCAAAAUACAGCUUUGUCAUAGCUAACAACUUCCCAUUGACAGUUGACCUGGUUUGUAAAAUAGGCCCCUCCCACUGGCGGGGCUAACCUAGCUGAGUGUUAUUAAGAAACUCUAGAUACUACAAGAUCAUUGGUUGAAUAUCCCGAGAGCUCACGUGACUAGAAUCAGCGUGGGUAAAUAAAACCGAUUUCUCGCAUGUGGUAUGAUUAGAUGAGCUAUCGAAGUAAAAGUGAACAGUUAUAACGAACUCGUGCCUUCAUUCGAAGGAACUGUGUAUUUGGGAUUAAACCUCCAAAGACUAUAUAUUUGUGUAUCCAAUGUUUUAACUGGAAAUAAUGGUGCCUCAAAAUAACACGAUGUUUGGAUCGCAGUCUAUAGAUCCAAACACACACACGCCAUACACGGACGCCACUCAGUGCAAAAAGCAGAGUAACCACGUCAAGCGGCCAAUGAAUGCUUUCAUGGUGUGGUCCCAGCUUGAACGUCGAAAGAUUUCCGAAGUUUCACCCGACAUGCACAAUGCCGAGAUUAGUAAACGACUGGGAAAACGCUGGAAAACAUUAAAUGACACCGAUCGCCAGCCCUUCAUCGAGGAGGCAGAACGCCUGAGACUCUUACACAUGCAGGAAUAUCCCGAUUACAAAUACCGUCCCCGCAAGAAGGCCAAACCCGUGACAAAGUCUGAUUCCAAAGUGUCAAAACCCACCAGUAAAACUCGCACCGAUCGCAUGAAACAGAAAGCUGCUGUCAGAAACUUUCUGGAUGGGGCUAGUGAACCUGACCACUGUGUAGGUACUCCAUACAACGGUCGUCUGAAACUCAAACUGACCGUUGACAAAAAAUUUAAAGACAGUAUUAAGGCCAGUAGACACGUUCCCGUGUCAUCUUGUCAGUUGACUCCACCCGCCAAAGUGCCGUCCAGCCCUUCCGUGUACUCGCCCCCCAGUCCGGAAUCCACCAGCUUCUAUCCCGAAGAAAUAUAUGAUACUCCGGCUGCCUCACCCGAGGACAUGAAGUGUCACCCCAGCAAUAUCACAACUCAGGGUAAUCAAACUCAACAGGGAGAUGGGUCUUCAUUGGCGGAUCUCGAUAACCUCACCGACGUGCUUCAAAUGCCCAACAACUGGCAGUUAGAGUUAGGGAACUUGGACUUAAGUAAACUCGCUGACACGUGUGAUUUCCCCAACUUCGACCUGCAUAAUAACAAUUCGAAUGUGUCUAGUGCUUGCUCCACAUCUAGCAAUGGAUCGCAUUUUGAAUUCCCGGAUUAUUCCACGCCUGAAGUUUCCGAAAUUAUUGGACUGGAAUCUGAAUGGCUAGACAUUUCCGUUCUUGGCUCAAUUGCUGCUCAUUGAACGUUUCUCAUUCAGUUCAUUUCCUCGUUUCUCUUUUGUAUGUGUGUGUUCUUGUUAUGACUGAUUGUUGAUUAUUCUGAAGGGACAUGUGCAAAUAAUACAUUAAUCCAAACGAGCAUUUUUCGGGAGGACCUUUCUGUCGGUAUUGCGGACCACGUGGAAAGUCAGGACCCGAGGCGCGGAUCAAAGAUCCGUCGUGUCGUGGCAGAGACUGGUAUAGUUGUGAUGUAUAAAUAUAUUUAUGAGAGAUUUAUAUUCUAUAUAGACUGUGAGAACGAACUGAUCCAUAUCAAGUAUAUAUUUGCUGUGUGUAAUAUUCUCAGUAUUGUAACGUAGAAGUGACUGUCUCCUAAUAUAUCUUAGUAUCAGUGAAUGGAUGUUUCUAUCAUUCUUCCAUAUUUGCAUCAGUGUGUAAUUUAUCAUACUUUGUGUCUUAUUCCAUAAAUAUGAUCUGCAGGGAUAUUUUUUCAUACAAAGAAAUGUAGAUAUUUUUUACUAUAUUCUUUGAGAAAAAAGUACGUAAAAAGGUCACAGUGAAAUCUCAAUAUUUUGCAAUGAAACAGAAUGGAUUUUUUUUUAUACAAGAACUGAAACCCUUUUCUAUUUAUAUCGUUCUUUGCAAUGAUGUAAAUCUCUUGUAUGUACAUUUGUUAUAGUUAACAAAAAAAAUGAUGGGAGUCUAUUUAUAUUGUGCUAUUAUCAUUUUUGUUGUUGGAACAAAAUAUUCCCCCAUCUUGAAUUUGUGAGUAUAUAUAUUUUGAUACGUGCGCAUUAAUCCAACGAACAAUUUGUCAGGCGAAACAGGUGAAGCCAAAUGUACAUAUGACAUUUUAUUAUUAUUAUUAUAUUAUACAUGGCAUGUGCAAAUGAUAUUUGUACGAUCGUUAAUCUUAAGUUGUAGUCAAAUACAACAAAAAUUCUACAAAACUAAAAA